AUGACUUUACUCAAAAUUUCAGUCAGCACAUGGGAUCCAGUCAGCAAGCAUCAUGAAGGAUAUGCGCUCUUCGAUCUUCCAGCCGGUACCUUGGGAUCAUGUUACCGUAGUGGGAGUGAGAUGCAUGGAGCAGCUGUUCCAACCAAAAAACUUAGCAAUGGCUCAUUUAAAAAGUCAGUUAGUGAGAAGAUUGCAGCUGCCGGCAUGUUUGUCCAGGUGUUUAUGAUUACUUACUAG